AAAGUCAAGCCCCACAGCCCACUGCACACAGCUGUUGGGUAGCUAAUGUUUUGAAAUGUCGCCGGAGGGUGGAUCGGUGCUCGUUCUGUUCUUUGGCUUGCCCGGCAGCGGGAAAACGACGUUGGUGAAUCGUAUCUUCGAAGCCUGUACGAAGCGGUUUGAUAGCCGAUCAUACCCCUGCAUCAUUAGUUAUGAUAGCCUUGUCAGCACCAGCAGACAGGCCGAAAUGGCGCAUAAUCCGGGGAUGGCCAAAGAAUGCCGGCAGCAGUUACUCCUCGCAGCACAAGCCUGGCUGGCAUGGGUCCGUGGGACCGACAUGGCCGUGCCGACUUCCUCGGAACUUGCCUGUACUAUGCUGAAGCAACUGCAGUCCUGUUCCAGGCCCUUGCGUCCCGACGAGCGAGCAUUGGUCCUGGUUGACGACAACCUUUACUACCGCAGCAUGCGAAAGGAGUGGUUCAAGCUAGCUCGGAACGCUUCUCUGGGCUUCUGCCAGGUGCUUGUCGCCUGUCCGUUGGAAGAAGCCAUCCGCCGGAACGCCUCCCGUGAGCUGCCUGUGCCCGAACCAUCUAUCCGAGUCAUGGGCAGCAGGUUUGAGCUGCCUCGAGAGGAGCCCUGGGAAGAGCUGACCAGGACUGUGACGGCAGGCGAGCCUGAAAGUCUAGAAUGCGUGCUGGCACUUGUGGAACGUGCCUCGCUGAAAGGUCCACUGUGUCCACCAGAGAGCCCAGUCCCCGUUCCGAAGCCCCUACCACCAAGCAGACGGCACUGCUGGGAUUUAGAACUUCGGGCCAUUGUCUCCCGAUUCAUCCAGCAAGUGCGAACAAGUGGUUGCUCCCAGGCUCAAGUGGCUGACCGGUGCAUCCGGUUACAGAAGGCUCGCCAGGUGGUGCUCGAUCGACUUCGCAAGAUCCCUUACGAGGAAGAAGAUGCAGCAAAGGUGGACUUGCAUGUCCUUCUGAACGAAGCGCUCGGGGAGUGACUGUACAGUGCUUGGAGGCUACUCCUCUCUGCUGAAAUUAGCUUCAACAAAAGGUGCGUCGUGUAAAAAUCAAGUUAUGCAUCGUGUGUGAAAAAAAAAACCCAAAAAGUUCAGGUGGAGGGCCUAAACUUUUUAACUACGAGCACAUUCUUCACCACGUAACAAACUUUGCUUUUUAAUUAAAAUCUGCAAUUAUUUAGAAAUUACUGGCAAAAUGUCAGCACUUACCGUAGAAUACCGUGCAUCCGCCCAUACCACAUUAAGCGGCCAUUCCCAAAUUUGUAAAAUCAGAGAAAAUAUGCACAGUACAUUGAUAUGUAGAAUUGAUGACCGGACAAGCGUCCAUCCCCCAUUUUUUCCUGAUUAUCUCAAAAUUUUGAGUGGGCGCUUGCCCAGUAUUUUACGGUAGGUUUUUGCCUCAAUAUAUGGACUAUUGAGUACCAAUUCCUCAGAAGUAUCAACUUUUUGUUUGAAAAUGGAAAGAAAUGUGUUCAAAAUAAAUAAAAUAAUUAGCAAAGUUAACUUAGCGCAGCGCUUCCCAAACUGCUACCCUGCAACCCAUCAAAAUAUAAAUUAUUGCCCAAAA